AUGCGUUCUGAUGAAGAACAAUUGAUAAUAGGUGAUCAGUGCGGAGAAUGUGAAUUGCGAGAAGUUGGUGAUAAAUGCCACAAGGAAGACGUUUAUGAAUCUUUGUUUUGUGAUCGGGAAACGAAUCAAAUUGAUAUCAACGAGAAUGCAUAUCUGGUAUGUGAUACAAGAAAGACACAGCUCAUACGAAAGUUGUGCUCGCAAGGUGAGACAUUCAUCAAUGGCGCUUGCGCAGUGCCACUGAAACGAUACCGACGUCAAGGCACGGCUGGUUCAGGACGCGUCGGAGACUCUUGCUCAUUCAAUACAGAUUGCCUUACCAUGUUGAGCGAUGUUUUUAAAUUGCAGGGAAUGUUUUGCUCGACGGGCAUGUGCACAUGUCUCAGUAAUUUCGUUGCAAUUCAAGGAUAUUGUUAUUUGAAAAAGAAUCCAGGCGAAAGUGGCUGCCAAUACUCAGAGCAGUGUAGUGCUGUAUGGCCUGAGUCACGCUGUGAGAAGAGUCGAUGUGAAUGUCCAGAGGACGUCAACGGUGUACCAUACAUCCAAUCGAAAACUCGUGAUGGAGUGAUCUGUAUUCUGAGAUCCGGUGAGGAUGGCGAUCCUGUGCCGAAAUGUCCACUCCCAGAAUAUGACGAUGACUUGCUAUCGAUGCCCGUCUCUCAACUGAGAAAUCCAGCGAUGACUGAUCCGGAUGAUGAUACAAUAGCAAUGGGUCAACAUAUAAAUCCUCUACAAUUUUGUACGUCUACAUCAACGGACUAUAAGAAAUUCGUUGCAAACGGUGGUGGUGCGUGUGUCUAUUCGGAUGAUCCAGAGAGUACGUCUGGAGUAUCGAUAGCUGACAUCUACGACUGCGUUACGGCUGUAUCGAUGACCGAAGUUAAAGAGGCAAUGGACGGCGUUUAUGAUGUACAUCCAAAUGCGGACGGCAUCUGCUGCCCCAAUCGAGCAUUCACUUGUAUCCAACCAAAGCACGAAGCGGACACGAGUUCAGCGGCAGCUACUGGUGUUCGUCCACGUUGGUGGUUCAACGCUGUUACUGGAACAUGUGAACAGUUCAUGUGGGAUCCAUGGGAUGAUAGUGAAAUGCAGUCACCGAACAAUUUCAAGACUCGUGAACAUUGUGAAUCGUAUUGUCGUGAUACAUGUAAACGAGGAUCGCCACAGUACACGAACGCCAUGACAAUAAAUGAUGCCGAACCGGUGAACACGUGCCAGUCAGUGGGCACCUGCCUUCAGAACUACGAAUGCAGCACGGUUGGUUCGAUGCAAUUCUGUUGUCCGAAUAUCGCGAGUAUCUGCAGUAAUGCUGGAGGUCGGCCACUCGAACCAAUCAGAAGUACACAUUAUGAUCCUGGAUAUUCCAUCAAGAGGUACUUUCGAUCAAAUUCGAUUUUCCUUUUAUUCUAA